UGAGCAUGCACGGCCGCUGGCGCAUGUGCAGCCAAGGCAGAGGCCGCAGUCGGCAAGGGGCCGAGCUCCACCCCGAGCGCCGCUGCCGGUAUUUAUCGGAUCAGGCUGCGGGCUGAGCUCUGGGGCUGCCGGGCGCUAUGGACCAGCGUGGGAAGCCGUCGGGGCCGGCUGCUCGGCUGGACGCCAUCCUCCGGCACCUCUCCCCGCCGCGGGGGGCAGCCCCUGCUCCUAUCACCAUUCCUACUUCAGCAAAAGUUAGUGCUGUUACUCAGGCGGGGAGGUUUCGCUACACCCUGGACAACGAUGUUCUAACCACAGAGCAAAGGCAGUUCUAUGAAGAAAACGGCUAUUUGGUCAUUAAGAAGCUAGUUUCUGAUGAAGACAUUGAACGCUUCAGGAAGGAAUUCAUAAGGAUCUGUAACAAGGAGGUGAAUCCACUGGGAGCUAUGAUUAUGCAAGAUGAGACGCUGAGGUCCCAAUCUGUUCAAUCUGAAAAAACGGUCAACAAAGUUCAGGACUUCCAGGAAGAUGAAGAGCUGUUCAGAUAUUGUACCCUGCCACAGGUCCUCAGAUAUAUUGAGUGCUUCACAGGGCCAAACAUAAUGGCAAUGCACAUGAUGCUGAUAAAUAAACUUCCAGAUUCUGAUCGACAGACUUUUCGCCAUCCCAUGCAUCAGGACUUGCACUACUUCCCGUUCCGGCCUGCAGACCGCAUCGUGUGCUCCUGGACUGCCAUGGAGAGGGCUGACAGGAACAACGGGUGCCUGGUCGUGCUGCCAGGGACACACAAAGAGUCCCUGAAGCCUCAUGGCUACCCAAAGUGGGAGGGUACAGUAAACAAACUUUUUCAUGGAAUUCUUGAUUAUGAUGAGAACAGUCCCAGGGUUCACGUUGUCAUGGAAAAGGGAGACACAGUAUUCUUCCAUCCCCUGCUCAUUCAUGGCUCUGGAGUAAACAAGACAUCAGGUUUCCGAAAGAGUAUAAGUUGUCACUUCGCCAGCUCAGAGUGCUACUACAUUGAUGUCAAGGACACUCUCCAAGAAGACCUUGAGAAAGAAGUACUAGAACUAGCAAGCAGAAAAUUUAAUUUGUCUUCUCUGGACCUCAAGGAUAUUUGGAGCUUCCGAGCACGGCUCGUGCAAGGGGAAAGAGUGAAUCUUUAAAACGGCCUCUGAAGACCAGGACAGAAAACAUGUGCCGGUGUGUCAUUUUCUCUGAUCGGAGACUUCAGACCCUGCCUAGGCAGUCAGGAUUAUGUAUUUCGUUGACCUCCGUGUUGGUAACUUAACCAAAGACUGCAUUACAAGUUCACUUUAUGCUAAUAUAAAAUAAUUGCACUGGGGUUUAACAGCUGAUGUACUUCAAAGAAAACGUAACCUACAAAAACAGAGAUUUGCUGUGGUUGGUUAUUUUAGGUAAUCAAAGAAUUAUGAUCUUGAAAGAUCACCUUCACUUUUUGAUAUUUUCAUUCUUGCUUUUUGAAGAUCUCUCAUGUGACAUACUUUGGGGCUGAUGCUAUAUUAAUAUAAGGUUUUAUGCAAGUUUAUGUUUUUUAGGGUUUCCAGCUUCCUUUUCUACACAAAUACAAUGAAUCAGAAUUUCAUGCAAGCACUUAAUAUGGCUGAUGAAGGUGGUGAUAUUGGAACCAGAAGAAUCAAGGGUGUAAGGACUUACAUAAUGGAUAGAAAAAUGGGAUUCAUGGUCCAGAACAUGAUCCAUGGAUAAAGUUCCUCAAGCAUGAGGCGGUGUGGUGUGAUAUCUUAGUGAGCUGUGCUGGCAGUAGUGGAACUUGAGGUUGAUAGGGCUGGGGAACAACUGGGCCAGCAAACCAGCCUCCCAUCACAGUCUUGCACAACUGAUAUUCAAGACUGUUUAAAAGGAGUGAGGCCUGCUGUGAGUCUGUCAUGCCUGGGAAAAGGUGCCUUUGGCUGUUGCCAGGUGCGUGGAGGUUCAGCGCUGUUAAGGAUGCUCCGACAGCCGGAUCGAGCCACGUGCACUGAAACGAUUCUCUUGUCUUUGGCAGUUUUUUGCUUUCAGAAUCUAUUUUUGAAAUACAGAUUAAAUUAGAGCAAAGCCA